GAACGGUGCAGAUAAAACGCAGCCAUUAAACCUCAAAAAAUCUCCCUCAACUCAAGCUCUCAGAUCUCUAACAAUCCAUCACAAACUCAAAUUCAUCUCUCUUCUCCAACGUCCGAUCUGCUGAAUCAAAUUCCUCUCUCGUUGCGCGCCAAAUACGACCAUCUCCCCCUCUCUCCAGCUUUCUCUCUCUAAAGGGUUUCUGUCGGGGAUAGGAUGGCGGAUGCUCCUGGGAGUCCGGCCGGUGGGAGUCAAAGCGGCGGAGACCGGAGUCCUCAGUCAAAUUACAAUAUCAGAGAGCAAGACAGAUUCCUCCCAAUUGCUAACAUAAGCCGUAUUAUGAAAAAGGCGUUGCCUACCAACGGGAAGAUCGCUAAAGACGCUAAAGAUACAGUUCAAGAAUGCGUUUCCGAGUUUAUCAGUUUCAUCACUAGCGAGGCUAGUGACAAGUGUCAGAAAGAGAAGAGGAAGACGAUCAAUGGUGAUGACUUGUUGUGGGCGAUGGCUACAUUAGGUUUUGAAGAUUACAUUGAUCCACUCAAAGCUUACCUAUUUAGGUACAGAGAGGUAAUGGAUUUUUCAUUGCCUUUUUAGUAACACAUGAUCUUUUUCUUGUUCAAUUUCUCAAAUACUUUGUCUAACUUAUAAUUUCUUUUUGUUUCCUUUUUUCUAUUGGACGCUUAUGUUGGGAAAUGAUUCAUGCAGUUAGAGGGUGAUGCUAAGGUAUGUGCUAGUGCUAGUGCUAGGGGUGGUGAUGGAUCCAGUAAGAAAGAUACGGUUGAAUCUCAGCUUGCUCCAAAUGCACAGUUUACUCAUCAAGGUUCUUUUACACAAGGAAUGAACUUUGUGAAUUCACAAGUCUGAACUUUCAGACAAAGAGGCAUCAUGUUGUUGUUCAAGCAUAUCAUGUUUACUGAUUCAGUUAUUUUAUGAUAUUUGUGGGGUCAGUAAACGAAGUUUAACGUGAUUUGUACUUUUUUUAUAAUAUCGUAUAGUGUUUCAUAUACCAGAGUUAAAUAUAUAUAUAUAUGUAUAAAAAUAUUGUUUAUUUCGCCUCGUUUUUUUUGUUCUUGGGGCAUGUAGAAGUUAAUGUGUUUGUUGAAAGGUUUAUAUGUUUCUAAAGUUAUAUGUUAUCUUGCUGAAUCUUUGAAUGUGGAAUUUGAAAGUUUGUGCUAUGAAAAUACCAAUGUUUUGAUGGUA